CUAAGCAACCACGCCAAACAAACCGGUGUCAGGCCCGAGCAGUGUUAAUGAAGCGGCAUCAUGUCAACACCGCGGGAGGAAGAGGCUGCCCAUUACCUCGAAAAUCAUAAAAUAUUAGAACUCAUGAAUAACUUAACUAGCAUGCUCUUCUAUUACAGACCAGAACAUCCAAAGGAAUUCCUGAUUACCCAACUUGAGCAAAUGCAAGCAUCAAAGCUUCAGGCCACAAGUUGCCCGUGUUUGUUUGAUGAUUCCAACCUUGAUGCAGUGUGUGGUAUCCUUGAUCCUAUAAACCAAGGGUUCAUAUCUUACAACCAAUAUAGAGAGGCAAUGAAAACACUUGGUAUCCAUCACUUCAACGAAUGUCCCGAGGGUCUAGGAAAUGACAAAAUAUCACACGAGACAUUCAAACAAGAAGCAAAGGAGUGCUUUCUGAAAACUGCAGCCACAUUCCAGCUGUAGUUAAUCAACCAUAUUUUGGAAACAAAUGUGAAAUAUACAAUCUCCAGCACCUGCUCAUACAAUGUUAAUCUCUUCACUUUCAAGGCAAAAACCAUAGAGACUUCAGAUAUUAAGACUAAGCUGUACCUGGGGUUUCAGGUUCAAUUCUAAACCCCUUUUACUAUCUGUGUUUUUAUGCAUGAUCUUAUGUCUAGUCAGGUUUCCCACUCCAGAUAAUGCUAAAUUGGCCUAGAUGUGACUCAACUGACACAAGAGUGCGUGCGCCUGGUGUCCAGCAAUUGAAUUUCAUGUCAUUCAGGGUGUAUUUCUGGCUCAGUCCCAGUUUUCCCGUGAUAGGCCAAUGAUCUAUAUUUCCACAUGCCUUCUUUUGGUUAUAUGUUUAUAACGUAUUUUAAUAAAAUGAUAUGUGUAACUGCUUUUCUGAAAUUUCCACUAGCAAAAUCUGCUGAUUUACAGUGUGUGUGAAAAGUUAAAAACAGUUCCAACUAACCAAAAUAUGACCUUUCUGACGUCGGUUAAGACUUGCAAGGACACACAUUUUAAUUGUAUUCUUGUGUUAGUUUUUAAAUGUGUAAUUAAAUGGAUUAGGAUUGAGUUAAAAUAGGCCUAUGCUGAUUAACAGAGUAGAAGAAUAAAUAUAAAGGCUUUAGUGAGUUUUAGUGAAUCAUGUUCUGGAUGAUGUGGUAUAAUUAUGUAGUAGUCAUUUAGCUGUUCUCUGUUGCUUAAACAUAAAUGGCAUUUCUUUUGUGACGUAGGAUUUUGAUGAGAAAUAUAUAUACUGUUUCCUGAAAAUGUGUUCAUGUAAGUAAAGAAAGUGAAAGUA